AUGCGGUCCAAGAUCCAUUGCGUCAUCCCACACUUUUCCCCAACUCGCGCAAACAAUCCUCUCCAAAUCGCAACUCAACGUCUUCUGCACCCUUCUCUACUCAGAACCCAACUGAUCCAUGCAAACAAUCUCCCUUCAAACCCAAGGCAACCACUUCUUCACCGAUUCACCUCCUUCUCAACCUCCGCAACCAUGUCCUCCGACGACGCCUACAUGGCAUUCCUGAAUAAGGCCAACGCUGACUCCAGCGACGGCCAAGCCGAGUCCAAGAAAGAGUCCCCCUCCGACGUCCUGCGCACGAAGACAGUCGACAGCUCCCUCUCCAUCCCAAAGCCCCUCAAGAAUAUCGACGCCUACUACGUCUCUGAUACCGAUGAGCCCUUCGACCCAGUCGUCCUUAAGUGGGAUGGUGCGAAGGAUGGUACUUGGCCGAGUAUUGCUGAACUCGCCACUCUACUCUCCGAAUCCAAAAACCUCUCUCGCUCAAUCGAAUCCCUCCCCCUCACCUCCUUCGACCCCAAAGAUCAAUACCCCGAAGUGCUCGGCGCCGUGCGCGCCGCUGCUGCGGAGAAGAACCCCGAUGCUACGGAGGAAGCUGUUGAGCUGAAGGUCUACCGUAUUGAGAUUACGACUACUCGCAUCGAGUACUGGAUUCUGGCUCUGCACGCGCCUGAAAAGAAGAUCGUGGGGUUGCGCGCUAAGGCUGUUGAAUCGUAG